CGCUCCCAUCAGCAUCCCCGCCAUCCCGCCCCGCGUCCUCGCUGGCCCCGCCUACGACCAUCCCCCGCCCGUCGUCGCCGUCGUCGUCGCCCACAUGCACCGUGUUUGCGAAGGAGCGAGAUGUCCGUGCGAAGGGCGGGGCGUGCAGCUCCACCCUCGCAGUUGGCAUGCGUCAUAGACGUGCAACAUUAUGCCGCCGCUGCUGCAUUAUUUAGUGGGCAUGAUCCCGACGGCUGCCAUCUUCCUGCGGCAACAGACCUUACUCUGUACCACCCACUUCAACUGUCAAGAUACUAUCAAACUUUGGGAUACGACGGUUUCUAGCCACCAUGACUAGCGUCCAGAAGCAAAAGGCACUCCUGCAAAGCCACACUUACCCUCUCUCCUUCGAUCCCAAGACAUACGACCCGCUGCUGUCUGCCAUAGGAAACGCGCAGGUGGUUUUAAUCGGCGACGGCUCCCAUGGGACGUUCGAGUUCUACGAGCACAGAGCGAACCUCACCAAGCGCCUGAUCGAAGAGAAGGGUUUCACUGCGGUAGCUGUUGAAGCAGACUGGCCGGACGCCUUCCGCGUCAACAGGUACAUUCAUGGUGGCAAGCUCAAAAAUGGCGUUAUUAAGGAUGCUCGGGAUGCCUUGGCAGACUUCGAGAGGUUUCCCAAGUGGAUGUGGAAAAAUGAAGUCUUACCAGGGUUCAUCCAGUACAUGCGCGACCAUAACGACCGUGUUGUGCAGGAGACCAACGAUCCAUACAAGAAGGUUUCCUUCUUCGGCAUGGAUCUCUACUCCCUGAACCGCUCGGCAGACGAAGUUAUCAAGUAUCUUGACACCGUGGACCCUGAAGGUGCGAAGGCGGCUAGGAAGAAGUACAAUUGCUUCGAUCGAUUCGGCGAAGACACCUCCCGCUAUGCGUAUGAAACGCAGUUUGGGCUUAAAAAGGACUGCCACCGUGAAGUCAUCCUCAAUCUACGCAAUCUCCUCCAGAACCGAAGGAAGUAUAUCGAGGAACAAGGCCAGAGCGAUGGUCACCCGGGCGAGGAGCAGUUCGUUGCCGAGAUGAAUGCGCUCGUCGUGAAGGAUGCGGAGGAGUACUACCGCACGAUGAUGUCGGAGGACACGCUGAGCUGGAAUCUCCGCGACGACCAUUUCGCUCGGACGCUCCGGAAGAUCGCAGAGCAUCUCGGAGAUCGUAGUGAUCGGCAAGCCAAGAUAGUCGUCUGGGCGCACAACUCUCACAUCGGCGACGCGAGGGCGACAGACAUGGGUCGCAGGAGAGGCGAAAUCAACGUUGGACAGCGUUGCCGCGAGAUCUUCGGGGCAGACAAUGUGUUCAACAUCGGCUUCCUAAGUAACAGAGGCACUGUCACCGCGGCGUACGAGUGGGACGACCCCCCGCAGGUGCACCGCAUGAACCCUCCGAUUGAGUCUUCCAUCGAGCGGGUGUUCGACGAAUGGGCAUCCGGUGAUUGCUUCGUCAUCACGCACAAGAUCGAAAACACUCCGAAUGGCAACGAGAAACAGGAGGUGUCCCCGGAGCUCUCUGACUUCCUUAAUCGGCCACGCUACGAGCGGUUCAUCGGUGUGAUCUAUCGCAGGGCCACCGAGAUCCCAUCCCACUACUCGAAGUGCAGUGUCGCUGACCAGUACGACGCGGUCGCGCACAUCCGGGAGUCGAGAGGCAUCCGGCCGCUGGAGCGGGAGGAGGAUAACCAGCGUGUGGACGGGGACGUCGUGGAUACGUAUCCGUUUGGCCAGUGAGGCUACUGAGUGCCGAGGUUUGGUAGUGUGGCGGGCAGAUGACGAACUUCUCAACGUUGCAGAGAUGGACUGCAGAGCAUAGCAUACUGUUUUGGCCGACUGUAAGGUCUUGUAUCAUCGCCAGUUGGCUGUUGCAUUGGUAGUAUCCGGCGCGACGGUGUAGCAAUUGCAUUCAAAUUCGGGAUGGCACUGCCUUUGUUGGCUGCACUUCAAAUGCAUUUGGAUCCCGGAAUGCGGACCUUACGUUCUAUAGCUUCCCCAUCCUCCCCAUGCGGUCUUAUCGGCAGUACGUCUAUAUGUUAGCGGUAAACCCGACAUCACCUUUCAUGUUGCCCACUCAUGUUCAAGCCUCCCAUA